AUGGAUGACAUAAUUCCAUCAGUGUUGAGUGGGCGACAGCUAAACUCCACCCUGUUACUGCAGUCACUGAUAGUCCCGGACGAACCCAUCGCCCAGCGCUACAUUGGACUGGCCAUCCUGCACAUCCUGCUGGGUCUGUGGAUCUGCCUCUCGAACCUGAGCCAGGUGGUCACCAUCCUGAUGGACAGACAGCUGAGGAGGACUCCAAGAAACCUGCUCAUGGUGAAUGUCUCCGUCUCGGAGCUCAUCAUCGGGGUGUUCAGCUGUCCCUUGUACACCGACAGUCUCCUGCAUGGGAUGUGGAGGCACUCGGCCAGCGCCUGCAUCUCCUACGAAGCCAUCUUCUAUCUGCAAGCCGGGAUCUCGCUUCUUGCCGUCCUGAUGGUCAGCGUGGAACGUUUCUACUACAUUCUGUCUCCAAAGAUGUUGGAAGGAUCGGGGAAUGGGAUAUUCUCAGGGAUCCUGAUCUUCCUUCCAUGGGGCAUCGGCUUAAGCCUCAUCCUGCCCAUGUACAUGGAAGGGGCAGACGUGUUCAACGUCAGGUUUGAAGGCGACGUCUGCAUCAUUCUCUGGAAGAAGCAAUUUCAGAUCGUCACCUGCUUCACCAGUUUCUUCGGACCUUCUUUCCUCGUCCUCACCAUGAUGGUUGCCGUCAUUGUUCUUUUCUUCAUCUUCAGCGUCACGGCCAAGAUCCGCUGUGUGGACAUGCACUUUGAUGACAAGUCGGGGAAAGAAGCACUGUUCGCCGUCUGUAUGUCCAGCUGUUUCUCGGUGUGUCUUCCAUUCCCACUGUAUAUCUGUCUGCUGAUGCACCUGUUCUGCACACAGGAGGAGUGCAUUGCUUCAGAAGCUGUUUGGGGAGCAGUCAUGAUUCUGGCCAUGAUCAAAUCGGGAGUUAUGCCCCUAGUUUGGCUGGUGUAUGCGGACGUGAGGCAGGCUUACAGAUCUGUGUUGGCACGGCGAUGGAGGGCACCCCGUCACAGAUCUAACAGCUUCAUGCUUUACGAUGAGGUUUCGUCACAGUCAACAGUGAUGACACAGAUCUGA